AUGGCCCAAACGCGACGGGCGCACCGCAAAUCGCGUGCAGGAUGCAAGGAAUGCAAGCGACGACGGAUAAAGUGCAGUGAAGGAAAGCCGAGCUGUACGCACUGCACUCGGCACAAUGUAACAUGUCAAUACGAAUUCGUCGCUGGCGUCGCAUCCCAGCCUGCUCUGUCCAGGUACUCGUCGACCCAGUCAGAAGCUUCUGCCAAUCCAUCGGCCCAUGCAGCGGGUCAUGCUCACAGAUCCCUUUACAUUGACCUGAACCGCCCUCAGCACCUUUUCCACUUGAAAGACAUGGAGCUCCUGCAUCACUGGAACCUCGUUACCAGUCUCGCCAUAAUAGACUCUCCGGAUCAUGCUGAAGUGUGGCGCAUCCAAUUCCCGCGCAUUGCUUUUCAGCACCCCUACGUCAUGCACAGUCUUCUCAGUCUCGCCGCUCUCCAUGUUGCCUACCUGAACCCUUCGCAGAGACGUGCAUCAAUAAUCGAUGCAGCCUGCCAUCACACCAAGGCCCUCGAAGGCUUUCACGAGGCAACAAACCAUAUCGAUGCCAAGAAUAGCGAUGCCGUCUUUGCCACCGCUACUCUAUUGUUCUUUUACACCUUCGUUACCUUGAGCCAGCUUUAUGAUGACGUUGAACAGCAGACCGCCGAGUGUUCCAGAGUGUCGCGUGUCCUCGGCGCGGAAUGGAUACCGCUGCUUCGAGGCGUUGGCGCCGUUUUGCCUCAUGUGCAUCAUCACGUUAGUGUGGGACCACUCGGCUCGGUAUUGGGCCUCGGGAACUGGGAAGCCAUCAACCCAGACGAAAACCCAACAGCCGAUGACGAGAAAUUGAUAGCCAUCAGUCAGAUCUGGAAAGAUGACCCACAUGCUCAAAUAUAUGAGACAAGUCUGCUUCUGUUGCGCCAGUUUUGGGUCUGGAUGGUCCAGCUGAAGAACUCGGGUCAGAAGACCAACGAAGAAUGGGGCUACCAUGGGACAUGGUCAGGGCCUUUCAUCUGGCUGUCCAUUACGCCCGAGAAGUUUUUUGACCUGCAACUCCAGCGCCAGCCAGCGGCCUUGGUAUUAUUCGCUCAUUUCGGGGCCUUUUUGCAAAUGGUCGACGGGUAUUGGUGGGGCGAGGGCUGUGGGAGGAGCAUUGUGAAGGCCAUUGACGGCUGCUUGGGCUCAUAUUGGGAGCCCUGGACACGCUGGCCCAAGGAGGUUGUAGGUCUUGUAUAA